UCAGUGAUCAGUGUAUAACCAGAUAAGCCUUUGAACCUUCAAGACCCUUUUUACUGCCCCACAGAAAGAACCCAAGCUAAAGAUGGUGAAGCUUGCAUUUGGAAGCUUGGGUGACUCGUUCAGCGUCACGUCCAUCAGAUCCUAUGUCGCGGAGUUCAUCGCCACCCUCCUCUUCGUGUUCGCCGGCGUCGGGUCCGCCAUUGCCUACGGGCAACUCACAAAGGGUGGCGCCCUGGACCCGUCUGGCCUGGUGGCCAUCGCCAUCGCCCACGCGUUCGCCCUCUUCGUCGGCGUGGCCAUGGCUGCCAACAUUUCCGGCGGCCACUUGAACCCCGCCGUCACCUUCGGCCUCGCGGUCGGCGGCCACAUCACCAUCCUCACCGGGAUCUUCUACUGGGUCGCCCAGCUGCUCGGUGCCUCCGUGGCAUGCUUGCUCCUGCAGUUUGUCACUCACACCCAGGCCAUGCCGAGACACGCCGUGGCCGGCAUCAGCGAGAUGGAGGGCGUGGUGAUGGAGAUCGUGAUCACCUUCGCGCUCGUGUACACGGUGUACGCCACGGCGGCGGACCCGAAGAAGGGGUCCCUGGGAACCAUCGCGCCCAUCGCGAUCGGCUUCAUCGUCGGCGCCAACAUCCUGGCCGCGGGGCCUUUCAGCGGCGGCUCCAUGAACCCGGCCCGCUCCUUCGGCCCGGCCGUCGCGGCUGGCGACUUCUCCGGCCACUGGGUGUACUGGGUCGGCCCACUCAUCGGAGGCGGCCUCGCCGGGCUUGUCUACGGCGACGUGUUCAUCGCCUCGUACCAGCCGGUCGCCCAGCAGGAGUAUCCGUGAAGAUACCACAUGAUCCGAACCUUCCUUUGCUCAUGUUCAGAUUCUUGGAGGCGUGUAACGUUAUCUGAUACGGACGCACACCACACGUGCGUUUGCCCGUCUGACGACGGUUGUGAACUUGGAUUGCAACGGGCGGCGGCAACCGCCGGAAACUACCCUGGCGCGGGGGCGCCGGUUGGCUGUACUGUCGCGUCCCUUCUCCCGCUUUAUAAACUUCUCGAACUCUGUCGAAUUCAACCCUGCAAA